AUGCGCCCAUUAGAGAGAAUAUGGUAUUUAUUCGGAGACGUCUCGCAUAAAUCGUCCAAAACUACUCCAAACUGGCAUAUAUCUCAAAAAAGAGUAAUAUAUUGGAAUUAUAAUUUGUCAAUUGGAAUACAGGACGUCCAAGUAGACAACUCAAAGACAAAAUCAAGGGGCUCCCGUUCAUACAGUAGCGAGAGUGAAGGUCAUCAGGGUCAAACACGGAAGAAGCAGCCGUCGGGUCAAGGUAGAAGUCAAUCAACCUCAACAAAACGGCGUAAAUUAACUUCAACGCAAGAAUCAAAUUCAGGACGUGGUUCUCAAACAGCACGCAGACGCACACGCAGUCAAGGGAGUGUAGACAACGAAUAUACUGCAGCGUUAGUGUCUGACUCACGUCGUGCAAGUCGUAUUUCAACCUCAAGUGGAGAAUUCAUCAUCCAGAAUCAAACUAAACCAAAAGGUCGAAAAACAAAGCCCACGGUUGUACCAAACGGAACUGGGCCAGUUUCGUCGUCAAACUCUAGCAUUAACUUCGAUUCUCAACAGGGACCUGCUAAAAGAACACGUAAAAGGAGUUUUUCAAGUACAAGUACAAAUUCAAGUACAGUUACAAGUACAGCUCCUAGUACAUUGACAUCAACUACAGGAGCUAGUACCACUGAUAGAAGCCCACAUUCUUUUAAAGCCACCACUAAUUUAGGAGCACUUUUAAAUGGUCUGUCGGAAUCAACUGCACCACAUACAACUCAUCAACUGAAUAAAGUUAAAUCUAAGAAACAGAAAUCAAAAAGCAAAGCAUCUAAUAGUAAAGCACAGACCUCAGUUUCAAAAAGAGCUGUAACUUUAAAUGAAUUAUUAUUGGAUGUAACACCUCCUUUAGAAACCCCUACAAACAAUAAGAAAAGCAAGAAAAGGUCAUUUUCUGGACCAAGUGAAUUACGAGCAUUAAGGUCAAACCCUAAAGCUACACUUAUACCAGGGUUGCCUUAUUAUAACACAAAUAAAUCUCAUCUACCCCAAACUGAGACUACUACGCCACCUUCCCUACAAGUGAAUAACACCAACUCGGCCCCAGAUUAUACACAAGGUAUUGGCAUUGGCUCAAUACCCACUCAACAAUUGCCUCCAAAGAAGAAACUCACAAGGAAACUGAAAGCAAGUAAUAGUGCUACAUUUCAGACGACUCAACCUGGUUCAAGUGACGGCACUGUCACAUUUCAUUUUAAUCAGCUGAGUCACCAAGCCACAUCAUCUUUGUUUAUAUACCCCAAGAAACGAGCUAAAUUUGAGCAAGAGUCUGAUCCUAGUCAAGGUCAGCCAGUCCCAAGCACUUCUAACCAGAGUUCAAGGUCGCAGAGUAAAGGUCGUAAGGUCAAGUCGCCAGAGCUUGAGAGCUUAAGGCGCAGCUCCAGACACAGAAAGACGGGAUCCUGCGCAAGUAGCAGCUCUAGGAGGUCGGCUAGUAGUAAGAGCAACUCCGCCCAGCCCAACCAAUCAGCUUACAGCAGUGCAUUCGCUGCGACUGCAUCAACAUUCUCUACAGCUAUGUCUGGUCAAGAUGGAGAAGGUUCAUCCAGUGGAGCAAGACCAGAAGGUAGUGGGGGACCCACAGAUGAAUCCACACAAGGUGCAAGUGCUGCAUCCAGUACGACUGGUGCAGCAGCAAUGUUGUUACCCACAGAAGCUGACGGAGAAAUGGACUCAGAUGUAGGAAGACUACAGGCUCUACUUGAGGCACGUGGUCUGCCAUCACAUCUUUUUGGGGCUCUUGGUCCCAGAAUGCAUCAGCUGCUUCACAGGUCCAUGAGCGGUGGUACAAUGAAUAAAGCCCAACAACUAUUGACUGGUAUACAAUCCACUGGAGACGAAGGCUCUCAGUUGACCUCAGUCAUAGAGAUGUGUCAACUACUCGUCAUGGGUAACGAGGACACUCUAGCUGGAUUCCCAAUAAAACAAGUAGUUCCGGCGUUGAUAUCCCUACUCCGCAUGGAGCAUAAUUUUGACAUGAUGAACCAUGCGUGUCGGGCACUGACAUAUAUGAUGGAAGCUUUGCCUAGGUCAUCUGCUGUUGUAGUGGAUGCGGUGCCAGUCUUUCUUGAAAAGCUUCAAGUCAUCCAGUGCAUGGAUGUUGCUGAACAAGCCCUCACAGCAUUAGAGAUGUUGUCACGGAGACACUGCAAAGCCAUCUUACAUGCAGGUGGUAUAGGAGCUUGUCUGAUGUUUCUUGAUUUCUUCUCCAUCAAUGCUCAACGUUGUGCACUGGCAAUCACAGCCAAUUGUUGCCAGAAUAUCAACCCAGACGAGUUCCACUAUGUUAGGGAAUCUCUCGCUUUACUCAGUGCUAGAGUCAAUACUUCAGACAAGAAGUCAGUUGAGAGUACUUGUUUGUGUUUCUCACGCCUGGUUGAGAAUUACCAACAUGAUGAGAGGAUCCUUAAAGAAAUAGCUGCACAUGGACUACUCAGUAACACACAACAACUGUUGGUUGUGACUCCCCCAUUGAUCCCCACGGGAACAUUUGUGAUGGUCAUUAGGAUGCUCGCUGUCAUGUGUGCCAACUGCUCCGAUCUGGCUGUUGUCCUACUCAAACAAAAUAUAGCAGACACACUGUGUUUCCUACUGGUGGGGACCUCAGAGCCAUCUACUGGGCUUAUAGAACUAGUGGCCCGAACUCCACAGGAGCUUUAUGAACUUGUCUGCUUGAUAGGUGAGUUGAUGCCCAAGCUUCCCACAGAUGGCAUCUUUGCAGUUGACUCCAUGCUGAGGCGCCACCCUACAGUUAACACAGAUGCUGUCAUUUGGCAAUGGAGGGAUGAUAGAGGACUCUGGCACCCAUAUACAACUAUUGAUAGCAGAAUAAUCGAGGCAGCCCACCAGGGAGGGGAAGAUGAAGCAUGUCUCUCUACUAUGGGAAGGACCUACACUAUAGACUUCCACUCCAUGCAACAAAUCAAUGAAGACAGUGGCACUGCACGUCCUGUACAGCGCAAACCUAACCCACUUGCAGCAAAAUCUGACUCAACUGCAUCGGUGACCAGGAGUGACUCGAGAGCGGAAGUAUUGGCAGAGAAGACUGAAUUGGCUUCCUCGUUUAUUCAGUCUCUGUUUGGUGUUCUAUAUGAAGUAUACAGCUCCUCUGCUGGUCCAUCGGUGAGGCAUAAAUGUCUUCAAGCUAUCUUGCGAAUGGUCUACUUUGCAAACCCAGAUCUCCUACAAAGUGUUCUCAAGCAACAUGCAGUAUCAAGUCAUAUUGCAUCUAUGAUGGCCUCCCAUGACCUUAAGGUUGUAGUUGGUGCCCUACAAAUGUCCUACAUCCUUAUGGGAAAGCUACCAGAUAUUUUCAGUGUAUUCUUCAGAAGAGAAGGUGUUAUGCAUCAGAUCAAACGUCUUAGUGAAGUUGAAAUAGCGGAUACUUCACCAAAGAAGGCAGUAGCAGGAGCAUCUAAAGAUGCAUCAAGUAGCAGUAGUAGUAGCCUAAAUCAGAGCUCACCGGAACGGUCCUCUUCGCAGACCAGUCUUGGGAGUGCAUCGUCGACAAGUCUCACGACACCAGCGCCACCUGGCGGGAGUGCUGAUUCAGGACGUAAUGCAAGCCCAAGUCAGAUGAGGUUGAGUGAUGUCCUAAAGAGGAAAAAAGCUCCCAAGAGAGUGUCAACACGCAAGACGAGUAAAGGUGCAACAGAGGCCCCUUCUGAUCUGCCCAAAUCAGGUGCUCCAUCCAAGUCAACCCCCGUUAGUCGCGGAAAAUCACUAGGUAAAGACUCAAGUAAAAGUAGUUCCAGUGCUAGUCCAAGGGCAUCCUUCCUGUCCAGUCUAAACCCUUCUAGGUGGGGAAGGUCGUCUACGUCAGAGAAACCACCUCCUAAACCGCAUCAUGAGACAUGUCUGGUGCGUAACAACAGUGGUCCUUUGUCUAACAACAAAGAGAAGGUUCGCUCCUGGAUCAAAGAUCAGGCUAUUAAGUUUGAGAAGGAACAUGGAGAUAGCAACAUAGAGAAACAAGGCUCCACUAACCCUGCAUUGGAUGUACUUAACAGACUUUCUGCUGCAACCACUAUGUUAGAAAAAGAGGAGAAUGAGUUGGAAGCCCUUGAAACAAUGGCCUCUAUACUAAAGAAGAGUGAUGUUUCCCCAUUUGAAGUAAUCCAUAGUAAUCUUGUACGGAAAUUACUGGCAUAUUUGACAGAGGACUGUAGUCAACGAGAGCUGAGAUUACGCAGAUUUCUACAUGUCUUCCUGAAUUGCCCUAGUCCAGAUACUGCUGCUGUGAUAGAAUUAGACAUGUCUGUACCACCCCACAUAGCACAACUAGUCAGUAAACUACUUGGAUGUGUUCACCAACUGGAACAGUUCCAAGUUAAAGUCCAUGAUCUGCCAGGAGGCACAGCAAGCACUGGACGAGGCUCUAAUGCUUUACGUUUCUUCAAUACUCACCAGCUUAAGUGCCAUUUACAACGUCACCCUGAGUGCAGAAAUCUACGGCAGUGGAGAGGUGGUCCAGUGAAAAUAGAUCCACUUGCUCUCACCCAAGCAAUAGAGAGGUACCUUGUUAUGAGGGGAUUCGGUCGCAUCAAAAACAAUAGCACAUCAGAUGCUGAUGAUAUAAGUGAUGAUGAUGACAACAGCGAUGAUGACAUUGAUGACACUAUGGCUGCAGUCUUUAUAACACAAGGCACAGCGAAACACAAAUUGCAGUUCCUCAUAGGAGAUCAUGUGAUACCCUACAAUAUGACAGUAUACCAGGCUGUUAAGCAAUACAGUACUUCGCAUGACACUGGCCAUGAGACUGACACAGACACAGAGAACCCAUUGGGUAAUGCAGACAUAUGGGUACAAUCUCACACAAUAUGGUACAAACCAGCACCAGAAGCAGAGAGAGAGCAGGCCAUGGGUGCAAGUCCUAAGAAAAGCAAAUCAGAGACAAAGACAAAAGCUGCGCCAAAAAGUAAAAAAGAUGAACUCUGGACAGAUGGUCUGUGUCCCCCUAUAGUUUCACCACUAGAGGGCUAUCUGGUGCCUGUGCUGCCCCCUACGUUCUGUGGCAAGGAUCCAUCUGUCGACGUGCUUGCAUUGCUACGUGUCAUCCAUGCUCUCAACAGACAUUGGGGUAGCCUUUAUCAGUGCUCAACAUACCAAGCUGUGCUCUCCAGUGUAGAAUAUGUCAGCAGUAAACUAGCAGCCAAAGCCAAUAGACAGCUUCAAGAUCCUCUCGUUAUCAUGACUGGUAACCUCCCUUCCUGGUUGGCUGAAGUAGCAAGAACCUGUCCAUUUCUGCUACCAUUUGACACAAGGCAGCUACUGUUCUAUGCAACAUCAUUUGACCGUGACCGUGCCAUGAUGCGUCUUCAGGAUGGCUCAGCAGAACCUGCCACAAACACAGAGGGCUCUGACCGUGUGGCUCCUCGCCUUGAUAGGAGGAAGAGGAUGGUAUCUCGUGAAGAUCUACUGAAACAAGCAGAAAAGGUCAUGGAAGACUUGGGUUCCUCCAAGGCUCUGUUGGAGAUUCAAUACGAGACAGAAGUAGGAACAGGUUUAGGUCCAACACUAGAAUUCUACGCUCUUGUCUCCCUAGAGCUACAACGUGCUGAUUUAGAGAUGUGGCGUGGUGAAAAGAUUCAGCUCAAGGACUCUAAAGGUAGCGAAGGGGUACUGUAUAUGCACUCUGCCCCUGGUCUCUUUCCCCAGCCAUUGGGAAGGAAUGCUAAAACAGCUCACGUCACCAAAGUUCGCAAUAAAUUCAAGUUUAUGGGAAAGUUUGUUGCCAAAUCCCUCAUGGACUCGAGAAUGAUUGAUAUCCCACUUAGUCAAGCCUUCUACAAGUGGCUGCUAGGACAAGAGUCCAUGCUUUGUUCCCGUGACUUACAAUAUGUAGACCCCGUACUUGCCAAAUCUUUCUACCAAUUAGAAGAAGUGGUACGACAGAAAAAGUUCAUAGAAAGCGAUAAGUCACAUACUGAAGUAAGCAGAGAGUUAGCAAUGCAGAAUCUUACAGUAGAUGGGUGUAGCGUGGAUGAUCUCGCUUUAGACUUCACACUGUCGGUGGGAAGCACUAACUUAGAGCUGAAGAAAGGAGGCAGAGAUAUAGCAGUAACUUUAGACAAUCUGGAGGAGUAUCUACGGUUGGUUGUGCAUUGGACAUUAGUAGAAGGGGUCUCCAAGCAGUUUGAGUCCUUCCUAGAAGGCUUUGAGUGUAUCUUCCCUGUGAAACACCUUUUGAGUUUCUAUCCAGAGGAGCUAGAGCAGCUUUUCUGUGGCUCAAAAGAAGAGAAAUGGGACAUUAAAAUGCUUAUGGAGUCAUGUCGGCCGGACCAUGGCUUCAAUCAUGACAGUCAAGCUGUCAAAUUCCUCUAUGAGAUAUUGACGGAAAUGACACCAGAGGAACAGCGGGGAUUUUUGCAGUUUGUAACUGGGUCGCCUCGGUUACCAGUUGGAGGAUUCAAGAGUCUUACACCCCCGCUGACUAUAGUAAGGAAACCCGUGGAAGGAAACGAGAAUGCUGAUGACUUCUUACCUUCAGUUAUGACAUGUGUCAACUACCUAAAACUCCCGGACUACUCAUCUAAAGAUGUAAUGAAAGAAAAACUGACUUUAGCAUGGAAAGAAGGGCAGUUGUCCUUUCAUCUGUCAUAG